UCGCACAAACCCCUCCGUCCCCCAUCUUCUGUUUACUACAGCCUAUAUGUAGCUUUAAUUACACUGUUGUUUGGUAACAACUUGGACCCCGCUGCUCUCUCUCCCUCUCCCCAUUUUUCCUCCUGGCUCCGUACAAACGCAGAGGAUCAUUCAUAAGGAAUGAGUGGGCUCUCUAUACGAUUGUUUUCUGGACUACUACACACUGAGCGUACGGAGCUUUGUACCAGAGCCGCUGAAGAAAUGUGGGGUAGUAAUGCCUGGCAUCUGUAGCCUCUGGUAUGGACAGCGGUGAGGGAGGGGAUGGAGGGGGAGGAGAGGAGAGAGAUGCUGACCUCAGUCCCCAGGCUUUAUCUCUUCCUCUCCUGACCCAAGCGGUCAUUCCAGAGCAGGGGUCAUCUUCUCAUACCUCAGCCAUGGCCCCUGCCAAAGAGCCCCUGACCCUGCCUCAGCAGGAAGAGGAGGGCGCAGAGGGGUCCCAGGCUAGAGAAGAGACCCAGGGAGGAGAGCAGAAAGAAGGAGGCCGACUUUCACAGCAGAAUGAAGCGUGUCAAAAGCAGGGGAUGGAGGAAGAUUCCGGGGAGGGACAUUUGUCAGGGCAAAGAAAGGAAGAAGGGGAGGUGCGUGUAGGUGUAGAAGAGGCGUCAGUUACAGGGGGCCUUCCAGCAGUCCUUAGCAGCAGAGGGGAAGAGGAGGAGGAAGAGGAGGAGGCCAUCUCAAACCAAAGCCAAACCAAAUCCAAAUGUUCUUUAUUACCUCAACAGAGCCAGCACAGCUCUUCUUCCAGCACGGCAAAGGCCAGUGGCAACCACGACAGCAAAAUAGCCGCUUCUCCAAAGCCCUCCCCCACUCCUUCCACCUCUCCAGAGCCCUCCCCUUUUCUUUCCACCUCUCCAAAGCACUUCACUUCUCCGUCCUCCUCUUCUGCCCUGCUGAGCGAGACAGAGGUAAAAGACAUUAAGGGAGAUCAGGGCUGGAUUUCUGGGUUUCCUCAGAGCUUUAAUUCCCAGCAGUCUACUAUGGCUUUCCCACUGGCAUGCACGGAGCCUGCCAGUCCACCUGCUGAGGAUGAGGAUAGGUCGGCAGGGGUUCCUCACUCUUCCAUUUCCGAUAGAGAUGGUGCCAAAGCUCCAGAACCAAAUGACAGCCAGCUAGACACAGACGUGGAUGAAGAGAGAGACAAAGACGAAGAACAGAAAGACGCUGUCCUUAAAAACCUCAACCAAGACCUCUCUCCUAAUUCACUGACCAGUCACAUGACCAUAAUGCACUCGCGUAACUCCUGCAAGACGCUGAAAUGCCCCAAGUGUAACUGGCACUAUAAGUCUCAGCACACACUGCAAGUCCACAUGAAAGAGAAACAUCCAGAGACGGGAGGCCAGUGUGUGUGUGGCGCCUCCGGGGGAAAGUGUGUGUGUGGCGGUGCAACGCGAGGUGUGUGUGGAUAUUGCACUUCCGGGAAACCCCAUCCUCGCUUGGCCCGUGGCGAAACCUACGCCUGUGGCUACAAGCCCUACCGCUGUGAGGUGUGUGACUAUGCUACUUCAUCGAAAGGCAACCUCAGCAUACACAUGCAGUCGGAUAAACACCUUAAUAACGUCCAGAGCGGUGGACUCUCCAACGGUCACAUGCAGACUCCUCUCAUUACCAACAACAGCAGCUCCUCCGACAGUCACACAGUGGAUGAGCCAGCAUACAAACCCCCACUCUCUACCCCCACACCUACACCCCAGCCCACUAAGCUCACACCACCUGCACACACUCACUCUCACGGUAAGCGGUGGCGGUGUGAUGUGUGCGACUAUGAGACCAGCAUUGCCCGCAACCUGCGCAUACACACCACCAGCGAGAAACACACACAUAAUAUGCUACGGCUCCAGAGAGGUUACUAUCUGUCUCACUGCAGGAGUCUAGCCCCGCAGCUGAAACACCUACAAAACCCAGGUGCCGAGCUCUCCUUAAACAUGCGACUGACCAGUCAACAAGUCGCAGAUCAGCCAGUCGCCCUCGGGUCUACACUGACCCCUUCUCCCUCCCCCUCCCCCUCUCCCCCUCCAGCCUCAUCUAUGUCCCCCACUGAACCCCUCUCCCAGGGUGUGUUUCAAUGCCUUGUCUGCUCCUGCUUUUCGUCCGACAGCUUAGAGUCUGUGGAGCAGCACCUGAACGCCCCUCGCUCCCUGCCCCAGUCUGAGUGGUGCUCCCUCGUUGCUGGAGGCUGCCACUGCAGGCUGUGCGGCUACACCACCCCGCUGAGGGCUAACUUCUCCUUGCACUGUCAGACUGACAGACACCGCACCCGGUACCAGCUGGCUGCUCACCUACAGGAGGGAGGGGACAGGGGUCAGGAGGGGGCUGCCCUUAUUGCUAAGGGCAACCCAGUCCAGCUGAGGUGCAACCUGUGUGACUACGUGACCAGCAGUUUUGACAAGCUACGAGGACAUUCCCUCAAUUCACACCAUGAGGCCAGUGUCCGGGUUUACCGAUUCCUGAGGCAGUAUGAUGGAGAGGUUGAUGGAGGUUCGUGGCUGUUCCAUUGUCUUUUAUGUAACCACUCCUCCUCUUCUAAACUCCAAGUACUGAAACACAGUCAAACCCCAAUCCAUCAGCAGAGGGAAGGGCUACUACAGCUGCAGCCAUUAGGCGGGGAGGAGCUGGCAGCCAUUUUUACCAUCAGGAAAAGACCUGAUGGUGUCACAGGAGAGCUCAGUGACGAUUUGGACAUUUCCAGUGAGAUCACCACUGGUCCUUUGGACACAACCAAAGACAGUUAUACCUUGGAGGCGAUGCAGAUUUCUGAGGAGACAGUAGAAACCAGGGAGGAGGAAAGAGAGAAGCGGGAGUCACUGCUCUCAGUCAAGCGUCCAGCCUCUGGAUGCGAGGAAAUGGAAAACUCAAUAUUAACCAAACGCCCAAGAAUACACCAGCAAAAUCCGAACCAGCAGACUGUCCAGUGCCCUUUGUGCCAGGUGAAAAUCCCCCACACUCACAUCCGACAGCAUCUCUCACAUGUGCACAGUGUGGCGCAGGACUGUGUAGACAAGCUCAUCAGCGCAGUCACAAAGUCUACGGAACAACCACAGGCUCAGGUGCAGAUGGAACCAGAGAAAGAUGAUAGUCAGAAAAUUAAAAACACCAAGAAUAACAAUGCAAAUUGUUCCCAAACUGCUGAUUCCUUUAUCUCAGAUGAUUUACAGAAAAACAAAGGCAUUUCAGUGGAAAACACUGAGGGAGAUGUAGCCGCACCCAAAGAUGUCACAGCUCUACUCACCCCACCCUUAGAAGAUAACACCACUCACCCUUCCAAUAGCAGACUGACUUCUCAGUCCCCAAUUCAGACCCCCCCCCUCCUCCCCGCCCACGUCCCCGCCUGUGACACCCCUCCUCUUUCUGAUCGCCAUGGUUACCGGUUCCGUUGCAGCAGGUGCAGCCUGGCGUUCCCCACUCAGGAGAAGCUCCAGCUGCACUGGCAGUACCAUGCCAUGAGGGCGGCGACAGAGUGCCCCCUCUGUUCUAGACAAUGCCGAAGUCAGGAGGCCCUGCAGAGACACAUGCAGAACACACACUCACAGCUUGGGUCACAAGGGCCGAAUACACUCUUACCAACUCACACUGCUCAAUACAUGGAGCACAAUAAGAGUUCAGUCCUACAACAUUUAAGUUUAUCCCCUCAAGUGGGUGAAGAAGCAGGAGAGGCUGAGGAUGAAGAGAUAGAGGAAGAGGCACUAGGCAUGGAAGUAAAGGAGGAACAAAAAGAAGAAGUACAAUUGAAAGAGAAGGCAAUAAUUGGUGAAGUUGAUGGAGAUGAGGAGGAUGUAACUGAGCCAGAGAAAGGGCCACACGAGGAGAUCAUUUCAGAACCUAAUUCCAGCUCUCUUUUCAAAAGGAGCUCUAACCCCACAAUGGACCGCUAUCUGGAUCCAACCAGGCCCUAUAAAUGCACAAUAUGCUCUGAAUCUUUUACCCAGAAAACCAUUCUUUUGGUCCACUAUAACUCUGUGUCCCAUCUCCACCGAGCCAGACGAGCCCUGCAGGACUCUGGCACAGGUGUUGCUGCCCCUGAGGCGCCCCGUGGCCCAGAUCCUAGGCCCUACCGCUGCAGACUGUGUGGAGUUGGCUAUAGCCAGAGCUCUACACUGGACAUACAUCUUCGCUCUGUCCUUCAUCAAACUAGGGCUCGUGCUGCCAAGAACUCAGCUCCACAGACCCCAGCAUCUACUGUAGCUUCUUCAGUGUCACUGUCUACUACUGUAACCCAAGCUGCUACCACCAGAGAAGAAACAUCCAAGCCUUUUACCAAACGGGCAGACGUUGUGGGCUCUUCAACCUCCUUACUAUUAGGCCCUGGCUUAGCAGCCGAUGCCAAUCAAACCCGUUCAAAAACACCUGACAGCCGGCAGGCUAAAAAGAGAGUGGCUGAACUUAUAGCAUCAAGAAACCAGCUAAUGCUAAUACAACAGCAACAGUUAGCCCAGGCUCAGGCACAGGCUCAAGUUCAGUUACAACAACACACAGCUCUGCUCCAGUCUCAACUGAUGCAGCAACUUCCAUUUGGGACAGAGAAUCUUCUUAAACAACACUUUUCUCUGGCACCAGACAGCUUGCUCUCUCUGCAGCAGCAACUUCUUUUGCCCUUUUACUUAUCUGGAGACAUGCAUCUUAAUGCAGAGUUAAAUGCUAAAAGCCUAGAACUUAGUCAGCUAGUAUGUGCCAACUCCAUCCCAAAAGAACAGAUAAAGGCAGAAAUAAAAAGGGAGUUCCAACAUCAAAUAGAAGAGAAACCAACCCAGACACAAAGUUCAAACGCAGUUGUAAGCCAAUUUAUGGAUCAUGUGCAGUGUGAAGCCAACGUUAAAACUGGCUUCAGUGGAUCAGCCAACAACCAUUCAGGAAGAGAACAGAGCAAUUUUAGUUUUGAGGGAGAAAAAGAAGAAAGGCCUGGUCCUACUGUCAAAAAUGAAAGUCAGAAGGAUGAAACCGAUUCUUCUUCAUUUAAUGAUCAUGGAUUACAGUGUCCUCCUCCCAGAGUCCCCUACGCUGCUGUGAAUGGGGAGCCUCUUCGAGCCCUGCUGCAGAGUUAUGGACAUGAGUUGGCCCUGCAAUAUAUACAAAGCAGACACAGACACCAGCCGCAGAUAUCAACUCAUAUGAUCCCAGAACAGGACUGCUUUGAUAUCAACAAGAUGGAGGCAUAUUCAGAAGAACAAAGAGUUAAGUUAGGUGGACUACAGAAUGAAAAGAUUGAAAGCUCUAACAAGAGUCACAAAGAAGCAGAGGGCAAUAAAGAGACAGAAAGUUUGCCACAAGAGAAAAAGGUGAAAUAUGAAGAAGCCCCCAAAAAAGAGAAAGCAUGUUGUGGAAAAGGGGAAAAGUGUACAGACUGUGGCAAGUUUUUUUCAGAUGCCUUGAUUUUAAAAAGCCACAGGGAGUACAUUCAUAGGAUGCUGAUUCCAACACCUGCACUGGAGAGGUUUUCUAGAGAAUACAGGCUUCAGUAUGACCAGAUGUACCCUCUUACGCAGCCUACAUUUGGGGAGAAUUCAACUACUUUAGCUGCAGCCCCAGUAACAUCCUCAGAACCAGAACCAGAUCCCGCAGCAGAACCAGUUAUGCCCCGAGUUAAAAGCAUGUCACCCUCCCCUGUACCUUCAUUUUCAGAUCCCAUAACCAAAACAUUUCCUCAAGCUACAGACCUAACACCUAAAGGCCCAACGCCUUCCCCUCCUCUCUUUCCUUCUCAACCUCAACAAUUUCCAAAACAAGAUGCAUCCAUAACAUCUGCGACAGCUACUUCUGAAACCACAUCCACAGCAAAUUCAAUGCCUCUUACCUUAUCUACAAUGCAAAUGCUUCCUCUUUCCUUGCCUCAGCUUCCAAUGCUUUCCCUACCCCACAUUCCUUUUCCCAUGGAUCUCCUGCCUUCAGUUAUGAUGCAGUCUGCAGGUUUCCAGUCCCAGCAGUGGUUAGACUCAAGUGUGAACCCUGAGUUUGCGAAACUCUUCCAAUCUCAGCUCAACCAAGCACUGCUAGGGCAGCAGCAACAGCUCAGCCCUUCUUUGCAAGGUCAGCUAACACAACUCAACUCUGCACUGCUGGGUCAACCAUCUCAACCAAGCCCCCUCCAAACAGGACAGCAACCCCAAGUCAGCCCAUCAACACUCGAACAACAGGGUAAGCGAACACGCACCCGUAUCUCUGAGGAUCAACUGAUUGUUCUGAGGAAACACUUUGAUAUUAACACCCUCCCUAGUGAUGAAGAGAUCAACACAAUGUCUGCUCUGUCAGGAUUGGCGCAUAAAGUCAUAAAACAUUGGUUUCGCAACACCUUAUUUAAAGAGCGCCAGCGAGACAAGGAUUCCCCGUACAAUUUUAACAACCCACCAACCACAGCACUGGAGGAGACGAGAGAAGUAGCACAAGACAAGGCUCUGCCACUUUCCCCAUGUUCACUGUCCCCAGCCCUUCCAACCAAUAACCCCCAAGAGCCCCAGACAACAGACCAAGAGAGAGUAGAGUUUCAUAGGGGCCGACGCUCUUCAAGAACCCGCUUUACGGAGCAACAGCUGGAGACCCUGCAGGGGGUGUUUGAGGCAACCCCCUACCCCAGAGAGGAAGAAUAUGACAGGUUAUCUACUUUGUUGUCCCUCCCUAACAGAAUCAUUGUUGUAUGGUUCCAAAAUGCAAGGCAGAGAGCCCGCAAACAUCAAGACAGGGGGACAGAAGACCGUUUAGAGGGGAACAACCAGCUUGACAACCUUCACAGACAGAGAAAUGGCAGCUCCAAGAAUGAUGAUGAUGAAAACAGCUGUGAAGGACAAAGUGAAUCUCACAAUGAAAAUUCCAUGGAUCUGACCUAUGAGUAUUAUACCAACCCUGACUCACCUGCCCUUGAUUCAUCCUCUCACUGCACAGAAAGUGACAAUUUAACAGCCAAAGGUGAACCAAUGCCUGUUAAUAGGAAACAAGAAGAUAAAACAAUAUAUUUCCAGGCUAGCAAGAGCUCACCUCUUUUGCAAACUCAAAAUGGAAUUUCAGAUGCAGAUAUCCAACGUAAAGAAACGGUCCAAAUGAUGAAAACAGGGUCCUCUCCACAACCUGAGCUCAAACUGCAACCAGCAACUAUUUCAGAAGCCCCCCAGCCUUGCUCUUCCUCCUCUUUACACAAAAUGGUUUCCUCCAUUGAAUCCACAGCUCGUUCCAGCCAGAUGCAGACACACAGCCCUUCUUCUGAUCAAGCUGUUGAAAAGCCAGCUGAUACACCACCUAGUUUUCCUGCUUCUCCAGAAUCUGAAACAAGCCUCAUUAGGCUGCCUGAUGCCUCCUCUGCUCCAUCCACUGAAACUCAGCUAAACAACCAGAUCCAACCACAACCCCAGGCUCAGUUCCAGUGCAGUCUCUGCCCAGUGACCUUGCCCUCCAUCCAACUGUGGCAGGAGCAUCAGACCAGGCACCUCCUGGCAGCUCAGUCCCAGGUCCAAUUUCUCCACUCUGGAUUUUCAGAACGAACCAUGCCUUACAUGAUGCUACACCCUAACUCUACCCUGAUGGCCAGCCAAAUGCUUUCUGGUGCUAUGUCCCAGAUGCAUCCUAAUCCCACACAUCCCAUGAUUUCCCACCUAAACAGCUUACAAAUUCAAAACACACUCUCUGAUCACUCCAGUAACCCCCUUACCAGCCUUUCUCAGAGUUCCCUGUCACCCAUGAAACAAAGUUCAAAGCUUUUGUCAGAGACUAGUUUUGAAAGCCAAAGGAGUAGUAGAGAGAUUGAGGAGGAUCACCGAAGGGAUAAGCGCCAGAGGACCACCAUCACCCCUGAACAGCUUGAAGUGUUGUAUCAGCGCUACAGCAUGGACUCAAACCCAACAAGAGGAGUCCUGGAAGGCAUUGCACGAGAAGUAGGCCUUGCAAGACGUGUGGUACAGGUGUGGUUUCAGAAUACGCGAGCCAGAGAAAGAAAAGGACAGUUCCGAUCAAUGGGGCCAGGAUCCAGCUUCAGCUUGGGCUUGAACCACUUGCGCUGUCCAUUCUGCAGGGCUCUGUUCAAGGUAAAGAGUGCUCUGGAUGCCCAUAUGAGGUCACGCCACUGGGCCGAGGCUGAAAGAGCCGGAUACAACUUAUCAAUGAGCAAUGGAUCCAAUGGGCAGACUGGGAUGGCCUUGUCAUCUAUCAUGGAUAGACCAGGUCCAUCUAUUAGGUCCGACCUCAUCCCAAACCAGGGCUAUGGCAUCAUGAACAAAGAGUUGUCUAUGAAGCUUCCGAUGACUUCUUUGUCUUCAACCACUGAUCUGAACAACCCUGAGGAGGAUGAUGAAUAUGAGGAAGAUGACGAUGAGUACCCAUGUGAUGAAGGUUCCAGUACGGCUGAUCAAGGGUCUCCUAGUCCGGAGGGAUCUGGGGGUCCCAGCUCAGAUUGGGGUGAAAUGCAAAGUCUGCAACAGCACCAACACCAGCAGCAGCGACAGAGGACACAGAUGAGCCACUUCCAAGUACUCCAGCUCCGAGACUUCUAUAGGAGCCACCGAACCCCCAACCGACAUGAGUGUGAAAGGCUGGGCCAGGAGUUGGGACUGCCUCACAGAGUGGUGCAGGUGUGGUUCCAGAACGCCAGAGCUAAGGAGAAGAGGGCCAGAAGUCUGAGCUCUGACUCUGCAGAGAGGGAGCAGGCCGAGCUGUCCGCAGGCGUGGGGGAGAGAGACAGAGCUUAGAGAGGCUGACGACGGCCCCUUUGCUUCGAUCUACUACAUCCUCCUCAAAACCCCUUCUGCAACUGCUGUCAACCUCUAAACAUACCCUGUCCACGUUGCUGCCAAACCUGUAUCCUAAACACCCCAAAGAUGCCGAGCCACAGUGGCCCAAAGAGAAACUCUCAACUGAAAGCAGGAGAGAGCCCAAACCAAGUCUUCUGUACCACAGCUUUCCCCUUUUCAUAUUGUUCCUAAACUCUUUCCUGGUCCGUCCUUUCUUGUUGAAAAGAACUCCUCUCCCUAUUCCGUCAAACACCUUACUACAACCAAACAACCACCUUGAUAAAAACCAACCAGAUGCCACAGAGGCCAAAGAGCAUUCUCCAAGUAUGUGACCUCACUGCCCAGCUAGACCUGCAGUCUACCUCUCAGUCUGCAUGACAGACUCACAGUGGGCCCUCCACCAGACAGUGCUAGAUGACUAGCUGUGUAGCAUGUAGUGCCAGUCUGUAAGAGGCUGGAUAAGAAAUUGUCAAAGAGAUUUUAGUGUAAAUAGAGCGCUCCAAAAGAUAAACUUGAAGGAAAACAAAGCAGUUAACGGUGGAAGAUGAUGAAGAUGAUAAAAAAAAAACAACGGAAAAAUAUCCUUGAAGUAGACGGAGGUAUUCACAAAGAGCUUUUGUAAAGACUGACUCAGAUUCCAAAGCUCGUAACCAAAAUUUUACAUGUCUGUGGAUUUAGUUUCAACACGUUUGUUUUCAAUAGCAAACUGCAGAGCUGACGUCUGUACGGUGAAUGGGUGAGAUCUCCAGCUGGCAAAAGUGAGCCGAUAACCAAUAGACUGAUACGGUGCCAAAAUGCAGCUUCACCCACCACAAGCCAAUGAUAAGUCUUCUGUUGUACAUGUAUACCUUGUAUGUUCCUUUAGUGGAUAACAGCCCAAAUAGCACAGAACAUAAUGGCCAGUUUGUCCUGAACGGGGCAAACUAUUUUUUAUAGCACUCAACCAUUAUACUGUAUAUGAAAACUUUAACCAAACUCAAAUUUACAUUGUGUGUGUUUAGUAAUAGUUUCUUAAUAUAAAUCUUAUUGAUUGAGAUAAACUGUCUUGCAUCGAUAUAAUAGUGUCAUGAUUAUGAAAAGAUUAUGACAGCUUUGAUAUGUUCAGGCAAGGUGACUUACUGCCUUUCCGUCCUAUUUGAAUAUACCAAUGGCUGACCAAUGUUGUGUGAUUAAUGUAAAGCUUUCUAUGCUCAGGUCAACAGCUCAACAUGGUUCUCCUUCAACUAUGAUCUUAAUACUGUACUUUUCUGUUUUUGAAACAGGAA